GCGCGGAAACCUCCCACUUAACCGUCCAUCUUCAAAAUGCCGAUCACGCAGUACAAGGCUGCUGCGGUCACCUCUGAGCCCUGCUGGUUCGAUCUAGAGGCCGGUGUCCAGAAGACGAUCAGCUUCAUCAAUGAAGCCGGCCAAGCGGGAAGCAAGCUCAUCGCCUUCCCUGAGGUCUGGAUUCCCGGAUAUCCCUACUGGAUGUGGAAGGUCACAUACCAGCAAUCUUUGCCUCUGCUCAAGAGCUACCGGGAGAACUCCCUCCCUGUCGACUCCGAGGAAAUGCGCCGCAUUCGACGCGCCGCCCGGGACAACCACAUCUAUGUCUCCAUGGGCUUCUCCGAAAUCGACCACGCCACACUAUACCUCUCUCAGGUCCUCAUCUCGCCCACUGGCGAUGUCCUCAACCACCGACGCAAGAUCAAGCCCACACACGUUGAGAAGCUCGUCUACGGCGACGGCGACGGCGACACCUUCCUGUCCGUCGUCGACACCGACCUCGGCCGUCUCGGCCAGCUCAACUGCUGGGAGAACAUGAAUCCCUUCCUCAAGUCGCUCAACAUCGCCAUGGGAGAGCAGAUCCAUAUCGCGGCGUGGCCUGUCUACCCGGGAAAGGAGACGCUGAAGUACCCGGACCCGGCGACGAACGUCGCGGAGCCUGCGUCGGACAUCGUCACCCCUGCGUACGCACUUGAGACGGCGACGUGGACGCUGGCGCCGUUCCAGCGGCUGUCGGUGGAGGGUCUGAAGAAGAAUACGCCAGCGGGCAUGGAGCCCGAGACGGACCCGAGUACCUACAACGGGCAUGCCCGUAUUUAUAGGCCCGAUGGCUCGCUGGUGGUCAAGCCGGACAAGGACUUUGACGGGCUGCUCUACGUCGAUAUCGAUCUUAAUGAAAGCCACCUCACGAAGGCACUCGGCGAUUUUGCCAGCGGCCACUACAUGCGCCCGGACCUGAUUCGCCUGCUCGUCGACACGCGCCGCAAGGAGCUCGUCACGGAAGCAGACCCCGACGGAGGCGUCGCGACGUACUCGACUCGGGAGCGGCUUGGUCUGAACAGGCCCCUCGACCCGCCUAAGGACGAGAGGCACGGGAUCGUUGGUGUGGCUGGUCAGAAGUCGGCUGAGCAAAGGAAGGCAGGUGAUCUUUGAGCGCAUUGUCUCUCUCGCAUGGAGCAUCAAAAUAAAUUGUAAGAGGGACUGGUUGAGGUGGGGAAAUCUGUUUGUACGCUACUUGUCGUAUUUCAUGGUCUGUCGCGAUGUUUCAGAGAGUGGGUUUCAUUGCGAUUAUUCUGUGUGUCGAUCUUUUUCAACACUUUGUCCAUACUGUACCUCCCAGACCUUAGGCGACAUCCGGUGUCUCGAGCGGCCUGUCGCGUCGCCUAUCCCCCGUAACCCGCACAAUGGUCCAUUGUGAGCUCCCACGCCCCAAAAUCCGUGAUCCCGAGCGCAAUACUCGGUCAAACGGGGCGCGGAGGGGCUCGAGAACGAGCGAUUUAGGCUCGCAGCUGCCGUUUUGGGCCUGUAAACCCAAAAUCCGCCAUAGCGGGCACGGUACGACCCCCAGCGACGUCGAUGAGGGAUUGCCGGGAUACCCUGAAUUGGAGGAGUCGGUCAGUGUUAGAAAAACCAUAGGUCAAAAGGAGAAAAAAAACUGGGGGAGGGGGCAAAAAGGCUCAUGGAUGAGGCCACCGGGCCAAAAAGUCGAAUUGUUGACGAAGCAUGCAAUUGCCGGCCCCAACUGCGAUUUAGAUAGUAAGGGUCAGAGGCGCACAAUGCCCCCCUUUCAGACCCAAGAUCAUCGUUCACGACCGCGAACCGGUUGCUGUCGGUAAUAUUCCUCCUGUACCGAAAAUUGGGGGGGAGGGCGCGCGGUACCCCUCCCAGCCGAUACUGCGCUCGAUUCCGACACGACAAAUGAGAUAGAGGCCUCUACUGAAUCAGACCAAAAGCUCGAAUUGCGGCCGAUGUAUGCAAGUGCCGGUCCCAAUCGCGAGGUGGAUAGGCUAUACAGAUGAUAAUUAGCCUUUUCAAGCAAAGAAAUCAAGUGAAAAAAAGGAAAUUCGAAAAAGCGCACAAUGGUCGGAGGGGUGCCGUGAGCGCACCCUCCGCGAUUGCGCGCCUGUUACCUCUUCGCCUGGCGAAAGCGAGGGCUUGAUAGGACACUCUAAUUGAGGGCAGUCACAUUCUGGAAAGAUCUCAGAGAUCAUGAGUAAAAUACAAGAGAACGACCGAUUUUGGCUCGCGGGAGCCCCAAAAUUGGCUUUCCACACACCAAAUCGAGCCGGAUACUCCCUUUUUUCGCCAAGACAUUCCACCUGAGCACAGGGGGAUAGAACAUUCAAUCCCAACCCCUACACUGAGUGUGUCGAC